CAAUAUUCCUUCUUUAUUUUCUAAGUGGGAGAGACAAAGAGAAAGAAGAGAUGGAGAAAAAGAGCUUAGUCCUAUUGCUUUGUUUCAUUGUUAUGGCUAUGCCAAUGGUUAAAGGGGUUGAGUUAGGACCCAAAGCUGUUGAAAAAUGGUUCGAAAACCUUUCCCAUGCAAAGCAAAAGGUAACCAGAUUUCAUUUCUAUUUCCACGACAUAGUUAGUGGGAAGAAUCCAACUGCAAUUCAAAUAGCUCAAUCCAAUACAACUGCUAAAUCUCCAACUUUGUUUGGGUUUGUUGCAAUGAUAGACGACCCAUUAACAGUUGGGCCAGAGCCCAAUUCAACAAUAGUGGGCCGAGCCCAAGGAAUUUAUGGUUCAGCUGAUCAAAAGGAAGCUGCCCUUCUCAUGAACCUCAACUUUGUUUUCACAACUGGUAAGUACAAUGGUAGUACACUUAGUGUCCUUGGCCGGAAUCCUGUGUUUAAUCAGUACCGUGAAAUGCCGAUCGUCGGCGGUUCUGGUGUUUUCCGGCUAGCUCAGGGAAUUGCCACGGCGAAGACCGUUUGGUUCAAUUUAACCAGUGGAGAUGCUGUUGUUGAAUAUAAUGUUAUAGUCCGACAUUAUUCACAUUAAUUAUAGAGUUUUGCUUGUUGAUUUUCUUUUGUAAUUUCCUUUUUGUUGUACUCAAUAGUUCUAUAUUUCUUUUUUUUUUUUUUUUUUUUUUUGGGUCAUAAGAAUAAGGAUGUAUAUUGAUGAUCAAUGAAAUAAGACGUUUAAGAUGUCUUGACUUGUACGGAUAGGCCAACUUAAUUUUUUUUGGGUAUGUUUAAGGUACUAAAUAAUCUAAACAGAUUUAGCCAACUAACUGAGAUAUAUACCAGGCCAGAAGCGUAUUCAGGAUUUCAAAAGAAUGAGUGCCAGAAACUCGAGUUUCCGAAAUGGUGUCUGAGAGAUAUAUUUUUGGUUUAGGAAUUUUAAAAGUCAAAAUAAAAAAUAAAAAAAGAAAAGAAAAUGUGUAACCAAUAAAAAAAAGAAAAAG